UAUGCAGGUGUGCUUUUAGUAAGUUGUUUUGUGAAAUAAUGUGAACUUGCAUACAUGCUGCUGAGGUCUGUUCGUGAGAAGCUCUGCGAGAGCUCUGUGGUACUCACACACAUUCCCUUUGCCUCCUGGACAUUUUGGAUGUGCUGUUUGUUGAACAGGAGGCUGAGGUUCCAAGGCCCCCCGUUGUACUGUUCAGCCUGGCCCAGGUUUCGACGGUAAUGACAGUGGCCAGAAGGAAUUUGUAGCUGUGUGGUUUGACUGAGCCUUAUUGCCGAGGACUGACAAAAGCAUAUUGCAUGGUGAAGAUUUAGGGCUCCUCUCACUUUAGCCUGCAGCUCAUCAAAUGUGGUGAACAUCUGACACAUUCCAGCCUGACCGGUUUGCUGUCAGCGCUUAAAACUUUCUCCAGCCCAGGGGCUAAGUUUGACGUGAUGAUGACAAUUUUAUUCUGUUCUUGUGCUUUCACAGCGGCAAGAGCUCCCUGCUGAACUUGCCAUGCCAGGAUGAAGAAAGAUUCAAUUGAAUAUUCCUCCAGAAACUGUAGCGUCUUGAUGUCAUCACACAGACAAUCAGAAACUACAACCACAGUUGGUUACGACGCUGCUAAAAUAGAUAGGUGGAAGUGUGUGAUGAUGAUCUGUAGCAUGAUUGAUCCAAUGCAGUGCCGAAGUUGCUAGAUACCAUCUCUUAAAUUAGCUAUUUUUAUUACAUCUGUCCCAGGCAUUAAAAUGUGUGGAUAAACUGAAGAAACAAAGGUGGUCUUCGUCAUGGAAAAAAUUAUAUCUAUCCGAUUCAACGAGGAGUACUAGUAAUUUUUUUUUCUAGGUUGUUUUUGAUCCAUGAUAUCUUUUGGACAACAUGUAGAAAUCUCACCUGUAGCUCUGCCUGCACGCGAACCCAUCUGAUCAGAUGUCUAGUGCUGUCAAUCAUCGCGUGGUCAGAUUACAGGUCACUUUUCUCUCCUCCGCUUCGCGAUAGCGCAUCCAUUGUGCAUAUGUGCCAUGUUGCAUAAGCGUCCCCAUGGGCAUAGUGUAGCCCCCCUGGGAAGAUGAGGCCCUAUGCAUAAUGUGUGUUUUUCCUUGAGGGAGGGGCAGCCCUGACUUAAGUUCAUCUAUAAAUACAGUUGGGUUACUUUUUUUGGAUGAUUCCUGCCGGGUCGUAUAAUAGUAUUGUAAUAGUCUUUCUGGCCGUCUUAACACGCAGUCUUGUACAUCUUGGAAAUAUUGCAUCUCGAAGAUAGGUUAAUGAAAAAUAUGCUAUCACUGUAGUUUUUUAUUUGGUUAGUUUGCUUCUUCAAGCGCGCACUCAAAGAGCUUACCCGCAUAGAAGGACAUCCUUACACCGCUGAAAGUGGUACCUUCCUGCAGGAAAAAAACAGCUAAACUGUGUGAACAGACUGGUGUCCAAGCUCCAUCGUUGCCUCUUGCAUGAAAACAGGAUGGACCAGGAUGAAGACAGCAUCGCCGUGGUGGGCAUCGGUUGCAACUUCCCAGGCGGUGAAGGUCUCGACAAUUUCUGGAAGGUUCUAGUGAAUGGACAAAAUUGUUCCGUGCCAAUUCCCAAGGAGAGGUUUGACUUGUCUAGCUGGUAUGACCCUGAUGAAAACAAGGCGGGUAAAUCCCGCACAGCCAAGGCCGCUCUCGUUGAUGGUUUCAACCAAUUUGACCACAAGUUAUUUGGCAUCAGCGACAGUGAAGUGGAACAAAUGGACCCUCAACAGAAGGAGCUGCUUCAGUGCUCCUUCAGAGCUUUGGAGAAUGCUGGUAUUCCGAUGGAAAAGGCUAGCGGAACCAGAACCGGAGUGUUUUUUGGCCUCAUGAACCGAGAUUACCUGACCUACGCAGUCCGCGCGCACUCCAGCGUCAUCAACCACUGGACCGGGACGGGAAUGUCCAUGAGCAUCGCUGCCAACAGGGUCUCGUACAUCUUCAACUUCAUCGGGCCGUCGCUGGCCAUCGACUGUGCCUGCUCAUCCUCUUUGGUGGCUCUUCAUCUGGCCGUCCAGGCCAUCAAACAAGGGGAUUGUGACAUGGCCAUGUGUGGAGGUGUCAACUGCAUCGUCGAGCCCAUUAUGUUUGUGGCCCUCAGCAAGGCCAAGAUGAUCUCACCGGACGGCACCAGUAAGCCUUUCUCUAACAAGGCAGAUGGUUAUGGGAGAGGUGAGGGCUGUGGCGUCGUUCUCCUUAAACCGCUGAGAAAGGCUUUGCAUGACCAGGAUCACAUUUGGGGCAUCAUCAGCAAGACAGCAGUCAACCAAGAUGGCCAUUCGGUGUCGCCGAUGACUAAGCCCUCCAUGACGCAACAAGAAGAGCUGCUGAGGACAAUCUACUCCGAACACGACAUUGCCAACAUCCACUACAUUGAGGCUCAUGGGACCGGAACUCCAGUUGGAGAUCCGACAGAGGCGGCUAGCAUUUCAAAUGUCAUUGCCAAAGCCCGAGCUCCUGGUUCAGAAACUCUCAGAAUCGGCUCGGUGAAGAGCAAUAUCGGACACACUGAAUCUGCCGCGGGGGUAGCCGGCAUUAUCAAGGUGCUCCUCAUGAUGAAGCACGAGACCAUUGUUCCUUGUGUGUUCUUCUCUGAGGACAAUGCCAGUGUAGAUUCCCUUGCGCUGAAUCUGCGCGUUCCUACAGAGGUUGAAAAGUGGGAAGCAAAGGGAGCACGGAUCGCAGGAGUGAACAAUUUUGGCUUUGGAGGCACCAACGCUCAUGCUAUUGUCAAACAACACAUACGGUCGCAGUCUGUCAAAAAGUGUGAUGGCAGGCAGGUGAAAUAUUUUGUCAUGUCGGCAAAUUCAUCCAAGUCUCUCACACUCAUGCUAGACGACACCAUCGCACAUCUGGAGGACAAUGUGGAUCUGGACUGUCUAUUGUACACGGCAGCUUGCAGAAGGAGCCACCUCAAGCACAAAUACCGAAGAGCCUUAAUGGUUUCAUCCCUAGUUGACCUUAAAGAGAAGCUACAUGCCGCUGUUGGCAGAAAUACAAGCCCUGCCCUUUCAGAUCCCAAGUUAGUCUUCGUCUUCUGCGGCAACGGCGUCGCUUAUCACGGCAUGGGCAAGCAGCUACUCCGACACGAGCCGGUGUUCAGAGAUACGAUCAAGCAUAUUUCACAGGUUUACCAAAGGCUGAGCACACUGAACAUCUUGGACACGCUUGAAGGCGAUCACGAGCACAGCGACUACAACGCUCCACAUGUGGCCCAGCCUCUUCUCUUUGCUCUGCAGGUGGGCGUGGCCACUCUGCUCAGGCGCUGGGGCGUCAAAGCUGACGCCAUGCUGGGACACUCGGUGGGCGAGGUCGCGGCAGCUCACUGCUCAGGCCUCCUGUCCCUUGACGAUGCCCUGAAAGUCAUCUACUUCCGCAGCGUUCUCCAGGGCAAAGUCACUGGGGGGAAAAUGCUGGUGAUCAGCAAUAUGGCCGUGUCAGAGGUCACAGCUCUUCUCCCGCGUUACUCUGGAAAAAUUUGUCUGGCUGCGUUCAACAGCCCGCAGUCUUGUACCCUCUCAGGGGAUGCGGAUGCAAUAGAAAACCUCCGGGAAGAGCUAAGUCAUUCAGCUAACAGUCAGAACCUAUUCAUUCGGGUGCUAGAGGUCCCUGCUGCUUAUCACAGUCACAUGAUGGAUCCAAUUCUGCCCAAAAUCAGGGAGGCAAUCGGUUCCUUGGAAGAGAAUGAGCUCAGCACACAGCUUUUCUCAACAGUGACAGGUGAGGAGGCACGACGAGGGGAUUUCUGCUCAGGUGAUUAUUGGGCUAGGAAUAUUCGGGAGCCAGUUGCUUUUGAGCAGGCAGUCAGAUCAGCUAGUGGAGGCAAGAAGAGUUUGGUCUUUGUGGAGGUGGGUCCACGGAGAGCCCUCCAGAGGAACAUCAUGGAAACUCUGGGGAACGACAUACCAGUUGUUGCCUCGCUGCAGCCAGACAAAGACCACCAUACACUCUUGUCUGUGGUUUCCAGGCUCUUUGAGGUCGGCGUCCAGGUAGACUGGAACACCUUCUAUGCAGGGUAUGAGACUGUGCCGCUGCCCUUCCCAAAAUACCAGUUUGAUUGCUUGGAAAGGGAUUUGAUCGUUAAAGCUGCUCAGAAAAACACUGCCAGUAAUCACCCAGUGCUCUGCGCCACAGGAAGUGAAAAGAACACAUUCAGCUGUGAUGUGGUGUCCGAUUCUGUCUUCUACCUGAAAGAACACAAACACAACAGUGUACCCAUCAUUGCUGGAGCCUUCUAUGCCGAGUUGGGCUUGGCUGCAUUCAUGGCCUGUGCAAAACCAAAGGUCCCCCUCAACGCACUGCAGCUUAGUGUCAAUUUUCACAGCCCUUUCAUCUUAACUCCAAAUCCCCCAGAGAUGAAGGUGCAGCUCGAGCAAAAAGAGAAUGAAGCCACCUUCACUGUGUUCUCAUCCUUAGCCAUCUGCGCUUCAGGCAUGGUUGUAGUGAAAAAAGAGCGACCAGUAGAAGAACAGCACAUUGACCUGAAUGGCAUCUACAAACGCUGCACAUCUGCGGUGACCUAUCAACAAUUGUAUGACAUUCUCUACCAAGCAGGCUUUCAGUAUGGAGAUGUCUUCCAGAAUAAGGCCAGUGUUCACUAUGGGGAAGAUCUGAGAGAGGCCUAUGCUGUUGUCACAGUUUCAGAGGAACUGCUGCCUCAGUUGCAUGACUACCAUGUUCAUCCCGUCGUGCUGGACUUCUUCAUGCAAAUUCUUUCAGUCACAGUUGAGCAUAUUUUGGAUGGCAGCCUGGGAUUUCCUGCUAAGAUUGGAAGUUUGACGGUGUCAGAACCCUUGAAAGAUGAGAUGAUUGUCUAUUUGAAGGCAACUGAUGUCGGUACGGACCACUUCGAGUUCUGUGGGUGCUUUGCAGAUAGAGAUGGCAACGUCUUGGUUGAGGUGAAGCAUGUGUUAAUCAAAUAUCUUGGCAGUCUUUCUCAUGUGGUUGAGGAGGACUUCUACCACAACCACUUCAGCGUCAUGCCCGAGGGGAUCACAAAUGAUCCACCUCCUAAGGCCUUGGUGUUCUCGGACUGCAUAGGAAUCUCAAAAUGUCUACAACAGCACUUGGACUCCAGAUCUCGCUACAUUUCCUUUACAUAUGCUAAAGAGAUCUUGAGCAGUGGCUUUCCGGCGCUCUUGGCAAACCUCAAUAUCACAGACAUUGCGGACAACUUUGAUGAGGUCUUGUUCUUGUGGGGCAACGAGAACUUUGACUCACUCACACCCGAUGUCGUCCUGCAGAAUCUGGCCAACUGCUGCGAAACCUUCCGCCAAAUUGUCGUAGAGCUCAAGCGAAUUCGCUUUCCAAAUUCCAUCCGAGCAGUAACCUACUGUUCAUCUGAUCUCACAGUCGAUCACGUCAGUCCAGGCUUUGCCAUCGUUGGCAUGACUCGCUCUAUGGCUGCUGAGACACCACAGCUUUCCUUCCAGUUGAUUGACAUAAGCUCUGUCUCUGCUAAGGAUAUCACGGCUCUGUCUGAGGUCCUACGAGCCUACCCUUGCAGCAAGUACCCAGAACUGGUGGUGAAAGACGGGGUCAUUCUCAAACCUUCCAUUGAGCGUACCACUCCUGAAUUAAUUGAAAACUCUGCAGGGAGUUUUACCUCCAGCACUUGUGAACCUUGCAUCCUUCAGACUGCAGAUGCCUUUACAAUGAGCCGGCUUACUGCUGUCCAUUUUGACAAUGAGGAAGAGACAAUAAGUGAUACUUGUGUUGAAAUUCAGCCCACUAAUAUGUGUGUCCACUCGUCGGAUUACUUCCCUGUCAGUGCCUCACAUCUGAACUUUGGUCAGACGCUGUACUGGAACCAGCACUCCUCCCAGAACCACAAGCUACUCAUGCUUGACUUCAGUGGUGUUGUUACAAGGGUCGGAAAGGAGGUCAGGAAGUUAAAAGUGGGAGAUUCAGUGGCUUCCUGUUACCCUGUGGUGGCAGCCAAUAGGGUGAGGGUCCCACAAGAUGUCUGCUACAGCACCAAACGCCUUCCCUUCCUUCAAUCAACACCUUGUGUGUCCUACUUUGUGCUGGCAUGGGAGAUAUUGUAUCGCGUUUUGCCAAGAGCAAAGCAAAACUUAGGCAUUAUAUCUUCUGUUCCUGAUUCAGCUCUGGUCAAGGUUUUGGCACUUGCAUCUCAGAAGUUAGGGUGGAACGUGCUUGUUGGAACACAGUGCAAUGAUUCCUUUAUCAAUGCCAAUCAAACGGAUGCAAUCAUUAUCCUGCCUCCAUAUGACAAAUCCUUGAUGGCUAAAAUAUCUAACUUUGCUGCUCUCCAGAAUGUUGUCCUUGUCCGUGAGUCCCAAACACAGCCUAUGGUUGCCCAGGAUCUGCUUCAGGGUUUCCAGGAAAGUGUCCAUGUGCAGACAGUUGACAUGCCAGUCAUUCUGCAAAAAGGAUCUCUGAGGGCUCGAAGUCUGCGUGUUUAUCAGUGGCUCAAGUCUUUGAACCUGACUCAGCAAUUUUGCCUCGCAAGUUUCACCUUUCAGAGUGUCACAUCUGAAGAAAUGAACAACCUUUAUUCAGAUUCCUACUUCAGUACAAAGAGCCUGGCUGUCGUGGCUCUAGAAAAAGGACAUUCCACAUCAAUAUCAGACAUUCCGCUGCUGCCCACGAAAAAGCAGCUGUUCCGAAAGAAAUCAGUGUACAUCGUGGCAGGCGGUCUGACCGGGCUGGGCUUUGAAACGGUCAAGUUCAUCUCAAACAAGGGAGGUGAGUUCAUUGUCAUCCUUUCCAGGAGCAAGCCCUCAGCAGAGAUGCAGCAAGCAAUAGGAAACAUGGAGAAAAAAUGUGGGAACAGCAUUGUUAGCAUGGAGUGCGACAUAUCAGUGUCUGAGCAGGUUCAUAAAGUUGUGGAUGCCAUCCAGCUCAAAUUUGAGGGGUGUCCAAUCAGAGGAGUGUUUCAUAGCGCAGUGGUCUUGCAUGACGGGCUCAUUGAAGCUCUUGACAGAUCCCUCUAUGAGAAAGUUCUCAAGCCCAAAGUGAAUGGUGUGCUUAACUUGCACCAUGCAACACUGAGCUGCCAGUUAGAUUACUUUGUUUGUUACUCCUCCAUAUCAGGCUUUCUGGGAAAUGCAGGGCAAACAAACUAUGCCGCAGCAAACACUUUCCUGGACUUGUUCUGUCAGUACAGGCGCAAACUUGGCCUGCCUGGACAGUCCAUCAACUGGGGACCUCUCAACAUUGGGCUCCUCUUGAACAAAGAGGUGGUCCAUCAGUUCCUGGAAGGCAUGGGCAUGAUGGUGCUGAAUGUCACUGAGAUCCGCAAAAGCCUGGAGGAAUGCUUGCGCAUCAACCGACCCCAACAGGCCGUGUGCCGCUUUCACUUCAGAAACAUCCGCUUCAACAUCCUCUCGCAGAAUGUAGCUCUGAGCGGGAAGCUGUAUGCAUUGACGGAGAAAGCUUUCCAAACAUACAGCAAUUUGGACUCUGAAAAUAAAAACACUGAGGAAAUCUCAGCCAGGGAUUACGUCGUUUCAAUGCUCACGAAAACCAUUGGCUUGGAGGUGGGCGACGUGAAAGAUGACACUCUGCUCUCAGCAAUUGGUGUCGACUCCAUGCAGGCCAUGACCCUGCAAAACCUCUUCUAUCAGGACCGAGGUGCCAACGUGCUUCUGGUGAAACUGCUGGACCCCAACGCCACAGUGUCGACAGUGGUGGCCAUCUUGAAUGAAAUGAGCGCAAUUUGAACUCAUAACCAAUACGGAUGAGCUGUCAUGAUCCAUCCAGCUGCUCUGUUAUUGAGCUCAGCAGUGGUUCACACGUUGCAAUCGGGAAGUUGAAAACGGCUUGUCGCAAUGCCUCCAAUUUAUUAGGUUUUCUCCAGCUCCCCACUAUUUUGCUUUGUAUCUAAAUUUUCUUUGUAAACUUGGUUUUUAACAAGCGCGAUUGCAUGGUGCACUGCACUGCAUGCAGUGCUGGGCAGACAUAAUAUAAUAAUAUAUAAUAUAUAUAUAUAUAUAUAUAUAUAUAACCUGCAUUGACUGGCCACAACAUUAGGCACACUUGCACAAGAACACAAGAGCAUGUAUGGCUCACAUGAGCUAUAUGUAAAAUAUUACUCCCGUCUCAAUUUGCAGCAGUAUGCACAUUGCAGUCUUAAACUUGUUUUCAUAACAGUGUCACGAUCAUGCAUCAGUCACUGACGGUGUUGGUUUUUUUGUGUACUUUUUUCGGGUGGUGGCUUCUGAUAUAAAGUCAGUUGGAAAACUGCUUGUAAUACUUAACCCGGUGCUUUUAAGAAAUAUGGAUACAGAUAAUUCAAAUGGGUGAACAGAUACAGAUAGCGGUGUACUUGCUCAUCUCUAAUAACCAACUCAACUGACGGGAACACACGUUACACCGGAAUUUAAUCCUGAUCAUUGUUUAUGUGGGGGUAUUUCAGUGGAAAGUGUGUCCUUGUUGACUUUGUUAUGGUUAUUGUGAUUAUCUCAAGGUCUGAAGGUUCUGUAGAGAUAACAGACAUCCAUGGAGACCUGCAGGUGAUCAUUCUUAUCAGCAUUGAUGAUAUUUAUUGGCUUUAUGGGGAUGAUUAAACAAUGGACACCGUCUAUGGACUCUAAAACAUGCUAAUAAAAUGCACUCACAUUGUGCAGUUAUGUAUUAUGGUUGUGUUUUGUAUAACAUUUUCGCAUUCUAUCGCUUAGUAAAUGGGAUAUACUAUUUGAGUGUCAACA